AUGAAGCCAAGUGUCAUAUUAAAACACUCAAACAAAUGGAACUUACCUCUUAACCAUUUCGUAGAACCUUAUAGUUGUGUGCCACUUAAUAGAAUUCUUCAUGUCACUACUAACAGCAUCUUCCUUCCCUCUAAGCAAUUGAAAAGAAAUGCGCAGAAGAAAAAUGAGACGAGAAGUGCGCGAAAAUUGAACGGUAACAGCGAGAAUGAAAUACUCGAGGAGACGCGCUUUGAGGCACUUUUGCAUCCAUACACAGAGAUACGUGGAAUGACAUUAAAUGGAAGUGAGCCCUCUGCUGUCGCACGACUCAUGAGCUUGCAGAAUGUGGAGCAAAAUUUUCUGUCAAUCAUAAUCUCUCGCCCCGCCUUUGACAUAAUUCGAACGGAGGAAAAAGCUGUAGUCACUCUGACAUCCCUCUUCAGUCAAAUCGGCGGUUUGUUGAGUAUUUGGGUCGGUAUUACUAUGAUAUGUAUCGUGGAGGUUGCGGAAUUUCUACUCAAUUGUUUCGACGUUCUUUGCGCACGAAAAUCUUGA